GCCCUCAACUCGUCAAUACCACUGCCCAAGGUCGCUCCAAGGCUUAUCAUAGGCAUCACUAUGGCUCUGUCCCCGACACCUCAGGCCCUUCUUUUUGAUGUCUUUGGUACCUGCGUCAACUGGCGCAAGUCCAUCGUUAGCGCCCUGUGUGACAAGGCUCACGAGUCGCUCAAUGCCGCCACUGCAUCGCUAGCUUCUCAGCUUCGACUACGAGCUUCUGCCAUGACGGAAGAAGAUUGGGGUCGAUUUGCACAGGAGUGGAGAGACAGCUACAAGGUCUUCACCAAGAAACUCGCGGCGGAUCACUCGUCCACUUGGAUGACCGUCGAUGACCAUCACCUCAAGUCACUCAAGGAGCUCAUAGCCAAGUGGCAGCUCCAAGGCUUGUGGGAAGAGCAUGAGAUUCGCGCUCUGAGCCUUUGUUGGCAUCAUUUGGUGCCAUGGGACGACUCUGUUUUGGGUGUUCAGCUACUAAACCAGCUGUUCGCAACAUGCACACUUUCCAACGGUAAUAUGAGCCUCCUCUCUGAUCUCCGCGCCUUCACCGCCAUACCCUUUACGCGCCUCUUCUCGUCCGAGAUGUUCGGCACCUACAAGCCGUCGCCCGAAGUCUACCUUGGUGCUGUCAAAGCAUUGGACGUCGCGCCUGCCGAGUGUGUCAUGGUAGCUGCUCAUUUGAACGAUCUUAAGGCCGCCAAAGAAAAUGGUCUGCAAACCAUCUAUGUUGAGCGCGCUGGUGAGGAGGACUGGGACCGUGAAGAAAUUGAGAAAGCACGCACUGCCGGCUGGGUGGAUAUGUGGGUGGGUCUUGGUAAUGGCAAUCGAGGCUUCAUAACGGUGGCAGAAAAGCUGGGCAUCGCGGUGACAAAAGGCAAUGAGGCGACGCGGCUGAGCUCCUCCCUCCCCAUUGGCAUGGAUUGAUGAUGCCAAUCUGGCGGAUGCCUCUUUCUCUCUCCCCAUGUCAGAUUAUGGGUGGGUUAGACAUGCGUAGUGACGCGUUAUGUUUAGAUGUCUCGGGAUCCUAUGGUGUGCAAGACUCUUGUGACGCGUAGUGAUGGUUUAUUUCGCGACUUGUGAUCAUUGAAUCAUGCUGAAAAGAUAGAAUAGGGAAUAUGUUUAGAACGUGUAGUUCAGGCGACUUUUCAGUGCGCGUAAUGAAUGAUAUUGUACGUGGUGUGGUGUCCAGGUG